AGUGUUUGCCUAAUAACACUUCUUCGUUCUCCUGCUAUAUAACAUGUUGAUAGCUAUCACUAACUUCAUCUAUUCUUCAAUUUUUCCAAGCCCCUCUCCCCCCGGUUUCAUAAACACACACAGAGUGAUUGUUUAAGUCUUUUGUUUCUACUUUUUUCCCUAUAAUCUAUAUUAUGAUUGGUAAAAGGAGGAAUAACAUAUAAACAUUUAAUUUGUAACCCAAAAAUGAGUUCUGAUUCUGAUGAAUACGGUCUUCCUCUCCCAGAGAGUUGCAUCAUCGUGGGGUUUGGUGGAGUCUGUGUGGAUUUAUUGGCAACAGUGACAUGUUUCCCAGUUCCAGAUUCCAAGAUGAGAAGCACCCAACUCAAGGUCCAAGGUGGUGGAAAUGCUGGAAAUGCUUUAACAUGUGCUGCUCGGUUGGGAUUAAAGCCAAGGAUCAUUGCAAAGGUUGCAAAUGAUAUUCAAGGUAGGGCCUUGUUGGAGGAGCUAGAAGUUGGUGGAGUUGACACUUCGUUUAUGGUGGUUUCUAAGGAGGGGACUACGCCAUUUAGCUACAUCAUUAUUGACACCCAAACGAAGACACGAACUUGUAUAUUCAAUCCAGGAGAAUAUCCUCCAAUGAAACCAGAAGAUCUUCAUAGUACUAACUUGGUAUCUAUAUUGGCUGGAUCAAAAGUGGUUUAUUUUGAUGGAAGGAUGCUUGACACCGCUAUUGUCAUUGCUCAAGAGGCAUUUCAACAGAAUAUACCUAUUUUAGUUGAUGCUGAAAAACCAAGGGUAGGAUUGGAUAAUCUCCUAAGAUUGACCGAUUAUAUUAUAUGCUCAGAAAAUUUUCCACAGGCUUGGACAGAGGCAUCAACUAUCUCAAAAGCACUAGUUUCAAUUAUGUUAAGGCUACCAAAACUCAAAUUUGUGAUUGUAACAUUGGGAAAAGAUGGUUGCAUAAUGCUUGAGCGAUGCGUGGAUGAUAUUUCUUCAUUAGAAGAAAUGGAUAUUGAUAGCACAUUUGAGUCAUUAUCAAAGAGAGAGGAUGAUACCAUAACUAUGCCUACUUGUAUAGCUUCGUCUAUGAUGAGGUUUAGAACAAAAGGAGAGGGAUGUAUGUGUGGGAGGUUAUAUAUUGGAACAGCUGAAAAGAUUCCACCAUCAAAGCUUAUUGACACAACUGGUGCUGGAGAUGCAUUUGUUGGAGCUAUUUUAUAUGCAAUAUGUGCCAACUUUUCGCCACAGAUAAUGUUGACAUUUGCCUCUUAUGUGGCAGCCACCAAUUGUAAAGCUCUUGGAGCUCGAAGUGGUCUUCCAUAUCGUACUGAUCCCUGUCUUAAAUCUUUCACACACUAGAGCCUCAAUUUGGGUGCCUAAAAAUUCAAUAUAUAUAGUAUAAAAAAAAAUCAAGUGUGUUAAAAAUAUUAGUGUUCCGGUAAUUUUAGUUAUUGAUUUUAACUAUGUAUAUGUUGUAUGAUUGAGAUAAAUAAAUAAAAUUAUUGAAACACUAAUAUUUUUUUA